AUGGGCCCGGGACUGGUCCUCGCCUCGCCCUCGCUUCUGCCCUCCCUACCGAGGGCGCGACCGAGAGGCUGCCCUUCUCGUCCAGGUACCCCAGCCGGGCAGCAGGGAGCCUCGGCGCCUGUACCUGAGGCGCCUUUCCGGAGCCCCGGCAUCUCCGUGCCCCCUCGCAGCCCGCGAGGACGCUGCGGGGUUCAGAAGCUGCCCGGCCUCAACGCUGCCCGUUCUGCACAGCAGUGCCCGGGCUGCACCGGCUGGCGGGCCCCGAGCAAAGCUGCUGCCGGGCACCGCGGCAGAGCCCCGGCAGCGCCAGGCUGUCCCGGCUCUCAGCUAGCCCCGCCCGAGGAGCUUUUCGGCCCCCUCACACCCGAAAGAUGCCCGCUGCUCUCCCCCACCUUGCCUAGCCCCACAGCUCUGAAGCUGCCCAAGCAGACUGGCCAAGCCGCCACCGCCUGUACCUUCCCCCUCCGCACACCCCAUCCCCAAAAUGGCGCCAGCCCCCCGCAACAGGGAUACGCCACGAGCGACGUCACUAACGGCUGCCCCCGCCCGCCCCUCACUGGCCGCGCACGCGCAGCACGGCGUCCCCAGCGCGCGACGCUCAAGGUCAGGCUCGUGGCGGAAGCGCAGUGCGCGUGCUCGGGCGGCGGUGCGCGCAGCUGCCGUGUUCCCUGCCGGCCGCCGUCUGUUCCAUUUCCGGUGGGCGCCCGGGGACGCUGA